UGUACAGUUUUUGUUAGUUUUUGUUUGAAAUUCGAUUCGCGUGCACGUGUUUCGGCAUUGUUUGCUUAAAAGUAAAAGUCGUUCGUUGAAAUGCCAAAUAAACGUAAGAAAAAUACUUUGUCUUUGGAAACCAAAGUGCAGAUCUUGGAAAAGCUUGACCAAGGUAUUCAAGGGAAGCGGUUAGCCCUAGAAUUUGAUGUGGCGCCAUCUGCAAUCACCUAUAUAAAAUCUAUGAAAUCAUCAAUUUUAAGCGCUGUUUCUAAUACCUAUCAUAAGGCUAACAAAAAAUCAUUGCAUAUCGCUGAAUAUCCAAAAAUGGAAGCAAGUCUUUAUAAGUGGUUUUUAAAUCAACGCGAAAAAAAGUGUACAUUAACUGGGCCAAUACUAAAGGAGAAAGCCAAACAAAUAUUCAAAGUGGAAUAUCCCGAUAAAGAUGAAAGUACAUUUAGCGCAAGUGAUGGAUGGUUUAGCAAAUUUAAAAAACGACACGGAAUACGUUUUUUAAAAAUUUGUGGCGAGAUUCUCUCUAGUGAUGUUGCUUCAGUCACCCCGUUUAUUCACAGAUUUCGUGCAAAAGUCGAUGAGAUGGGGCUAAUGGAGUCACAAAUAUAUAAUGUAGAUGAAACCGGAUUAUUUUACCGUUGUUUACCUGACAAAACAUACGUCUCUCUUUUCGAGAAAACCGCCCCCGGGUAUAAAAUCCAGAAGGAACGAAUUUCAGUGUUACUUGGUGUAAAUGCUGAUGGAUCACAUAAAUUAAUGCCAUUAGUAAUUGGAAAAGCAAAAAAACCAAGAAGUUUCCAAGGAUUCAAUAAUCCACUCCAUUACAACUUUUCAAAAAAUGCUUGGAUGACAUCUCGGAUUUUUCAUGAUUGGUUUCACAAGAUAUUUAUUCAUGAGGUAAGAAAAAACUUUGUUUUUAGGUUCAGUAAUUCCAAAAUAUUUUCAAUUCACAGGUGAUUCGUUUCUCUCAGGAAAAUAAUUUGCCUCCGAAGGCAAUUUUGCUAAUUGACAACUGCUCUGCUCAUGCACCAAUUGAGAAACUUCAAAGCGACGAUGGAAAUAUAAUUGCAUUUUUCUUUCCACCAAAUGUAACAGCAACUUUACAACCAAUGGAUCAGAAUCCUAUUAAGUUAACCAAGCUAAACUACAGAAGUAUGCUUCUUUCUCAAUUAAUUGCUGAAGGAGGUGACCUCAAGGUUCGCUUGAAAUCCUUUUCAAUUCGAAAUGCAAUCAUGCUAUUAAAGCA